AUGGCUUCCCGUUUUCAGAGGGAAAGAGUCCCAGCAGUCAUUAAGGGACACCAACACUUCAGCUAUGGAGGGGCAGUAUUACCCGAGUCUGUCACUAUCCAACAAUAUUAUGAGCUAACCCCAACCAAGAAGAGUAAUCUCCGCAUCAAUGACCAGCUGCUUCCAAAACCUACAGACAUCGACAUGAGAGAGUGGAUGAUUAAAGCCGUCGUUCAGAAGGAACAUCCGUACCAGUCCCACAUCCCACGAUAUGCAAUGUUUCCAUCUUAUGAGUCUCCUGAUGACCCUCACACAGGAGUGAGAGCUGCUUCUACACUGCCCCUGAACCCACUGCUGCCCUCUAGUGCUCCUGCUGUUACUGUUCUCUACAAGACUAAAGGUUACAGAAAACACAUCAUGUGA